GCCGCCCGGCAGAGCCGCCACCGCCAUGGACAACUUCUGGGCCGAGGGGUCUCGGGUCUGGUUGCGAGAAAAUGAUCGGCAUUACCCAAGUACUGUUCAUUCCUGUGCUGAAGGAGUUGUUGUAUUCAGGACAGAUUAUGGUCAGGUAUUCACUUAUAAACAGAACACAAUCACACACCAGAAAGUAACGCCUAUGCAUCAAACCAGUGCAGAGAGCGUGGAAGACAUGGCCGCACUAGUAGAUCUCCAUGAAGGCUCCAUCAUGCACAACCUCUUCCAGCGAUACCAACAAGAUAAGAUCUAUACAUACAUCGGUUCCAUCGUGGCCUCCGUGAACCCGUACAAGACCAUCCCGGGGCUGUACGACUGCACGGCCGUGGAGCAAUACAGCAAGCACCACAUGGGAGAGAUCGCGCCCCACAUCUUCGCCGUGGCCAACGAGUGCUACCGCUGCCUUUGGAAGCGCCACGACAACCAGUGCAUCCUCAUCAGCGGUGAAAGUGGUGCUGGAAAGACAGAAAGCACUAAGCUAAUUCUCAAGUUCUUAUCUGCGAUGAGCCAACAUUCACUGGAGCUGUCUUCCAGAGAGAAAACCUUCUGCGUGGAGCAAGCUAUUCUUGAAAGCAGUCCAAUUAUGGAAGCUUUUGGAAACGCGAAGACUGUUUACAACAACAACUCAAGUCGCUUUGGGAAGUUCAUUCAGCUGAACAUCUGUCAGCAAGGGAACAUUCAGGGAGGAAAAAUUAUAGAUUAUUUAUUGGAAAAAAACCGUGUAGUAAGGCAGAACCCUGGGGAAAGAAAUUAUCAUAUAUUCUACGCUCUGCUGGCAGGGGUAGAAGAGAGAGAGAAAGAUGCUUUUUACUUAUCUGUGCCAGAGAACUACCACUACCUGAAUCAAUCUGGAUGCACAGCAGAUAAGACAAUCAGUGACAAAGACUCUUUCAAGGAAGUCAUUACUGCAAUGGAAGUGAUGCAGUUCAGCAAGGAGGAAGUGCGAGAAGUUUUGAGGCUAUUAGCUGGCAUUUUGCAUCUAGGAAACAUUGAGUUUAUCACUGCUGGUGGGGCACAGGUGUCCUUUAAAACAGCUCUGGGAAGAUCUGCUGAAUUAUUGGGGUUGGACUCCACGCAGCUAACUGAAGCAUUGACACAGAGGUCAAUGAUACUCAGGGGAGAAGAAAUCCUAACACCUCUUAGUAUACAGCAGGCAAUAGAUAGCAGAGAUUCUAUGGCUAUGGCACUUUAUUCUCAGUGUUUUGCAUGGGUCAUUAAGAAAAUCAACAGCAGGAUCAGAAGCAAGGAAGACUUCAAGUCCAUUGGAAUUCUGGAUAUAUUUGGAUUUGAAAACUUUGAGGUUAAUCGUUUUGAGCAGUUUAAUAUUAACUAUGCAAAUGAAAAGCUUCAGGAGUAUUUCAAUAAGCACAUCUUUUCCUUGGAGCAACUGGAAUACAGCAGAGAAGGACUGGUUUGGGAAGAUAUUGACUGGACAGACAACGGAGAGUGCUUGGAUCUGAUCGAAAAGAAACUUGGCCUGCUGGCACUCAUCAACGAAGAGAGCCAUUUUCCUCAAGCCACUGACUCCACCUUACUGGAGAAGCUGAAUGCCCAGCAUGCCAGCAAUCCUUUUUAUGUGAAACCAAGAGUUGCCGUUCACAACUUUGGAGUGAAACACUAUGCUGGGGAGGUCCAGUACGACGUCCGAGGGAUCCUGGAGAAGAACAGAGAUACUUUCAGAGAUGAUCUCCUGAACUUGCUGCGUGAGAGCAGCCUUGAUUUCAUCUACGACCUAUUUGAGCACGUUUCAAGUCGCAACAAUCAAGACACUCUUAAAUGUGGAAGCAAGCACCGAAAGCCCACUGUCAGCCUACAGUUCAAGGAAUCGCUUCAUUCUUUAAUGGCAACGCUGAGUUCUUCGAAUCCUUUCUUUGUCCGUUGCAUCAAACCCAACGUUCAGAAGAUGCCAGACCAGUUUGAUCAGACUGUGGUGCUUAACCAACUGCGCUAUUCUGGGAUGCUGGAGACAGUGAGGAUUCGAAGGGCUGGCUUCCCAGUCCGGAGGCCCUUUCAGGACUUUUAUAAAAGAUAUAAAGUCCUCAUGAGAAACUUAACUCUGCCUGAAGACCUAAAUGAGAAAUGUGCUGUCCUCCUUCGUCUAUAUGACAACACAAGCACUGAAUGGCAGCUUGGAAAAAAUAAGGUUUUUCUUCGGGAAUCCUUGGAACACAAGUUGGAGAAGCAGCGAGAGAUGGAAGUCACCAAGGCAGCUAUGAUUAUCCGAGCACACAUCUUGGGUUAUGCAGCCCGAAAGCGGUAUAGAAAGAUUCUUUACUACGUGGUUGUGAUUCAGAAGAAUUACAGAGCAUUUUGUGGUAGGAAAAGGUUCCUCUGCCUGAAGAAAGCAGCCAUAGUCCUUCAGAAGCAGCGGCGAGGCCAGCUUGCUCGACGUGUCUACAGAGAACGGCUAGAGGAGAAGCGUCGAGAAGAGGAAGAAAGGAGAAAAGAGGAAGAAGAAAGGGAAAGACUAAGGAAAGAAGCAGAGCGUCUUGCCCAGCAGGCUGAAGAAGAGAGGAAGCAGCAGGAACUGGCUGCCCUUCAGAAAGCCCAGAAGGAGGCACAGCUGAAGCAAGAGGUGGAGAAGCAGAAAGAAAACAGACAGGUGGAAGAAAUCUUGCGCCUGGAAAAAGAAAUUGAAGACCUGCAGCGCAUGAAGGAGCAGCAGGAGCUGUCCUUGACAGAGGCCUCGUUACAGAGGCUGCAGCAGCUCCGAGAUGAGGAACUCCGGCGGCUUGAGGACGAAGCGUGUCGGGCAGCCCAGGAGUUCCUAGAGUCGCUGAACUUUGAUGAGAUCGACGAGUGUGUCCGAAACAUUGAGAGGUCGCUGUCCGUGGGCGGCGGGUAUCCCGCGGAGCUCGCAGCACGCACAGGGAACGCGUGCAUUGAAAAGCCCAAUUUCAACUUCAGCCAGCCGUAUCCUGAGGAGGAGGUGGAUGAAGGCUUUGAAGCUGAUGAUGAUGCGUUUAAGGAUUCGCCCAACCCGAGCGAGCACGGCCACUCUGAUCAAAGGACGAGCGGCAUCCGAACAAGCGAUGAUUCCUCAGAAGAAGAUCCCUACAUGAACGAUACUGUGGUGCCAACAAUUCCUGCUGCUAGCAACACCAUGCUUAUACCUCCUACCCAUGACUCAGUCAGUCUCCACAACUCUUCAAGUGGUGAGUCCACAUACUGCAUGCCGGAGAACGUAUCGUGCAGGCCCCCGAACUCCGUGGAGCUCAUUUCUCCUGAUGGAGACUAUGAUUACGACCAAGAUGAUUACGAAGACGGCGCUAUCACUUCUGGCAGCAGUGUGACCUUCUCUAAUUCACACAGUAGCCAGUGGUCCCCUGACUACCGGUGCUCAGUGGGGACGUACAACAGCUCUGGAGCGUACAGAUUUAGUUCUGAAGGAGCUCAGUCUUCUUUUGAAGACAGUGAAGAAGACUUUGACUCCAGGUUUGAUACAGAUGAUGAACUUUCCUACCGGAGGGAUUCAGUCUACAGCUGUGUCAGCCUGCCCUACUUCCACAGUUUUCUGUAUAUGAAAGGUGGCUUAAUAAACACAUGGAAGCGACGCUGGUGUGUCCUGAAAGAUGAGACCUUCCUGUGGUUUCGUUCCAAGCAGGAAGCACUUAAACAGGGUUGGCUUCACAAAAAGGGGGGUGGAUCAUCUACACUUUCCAGAAGGAACUGGAAGAGACGAUGGUUUGUUCUCAGACAGUCCAGGUUGAUGUACUUUGAAAAUGACAGUGAAGAGAAGCUAAAGGGUGCCAUUGAUGUCCGAACAGCCAAAGAGAUUGUUGACAAUACCGGCAAAGAAAAUGGUAUUGAUCUAAUAAUGGGUGAUAGAACCUAUCAUUUGAUUGCUGAGUCUCCUGAGGAUGCAAGCCAGUGGUUUAGUGUGCUGAGCCAAGUGCACGCGUCCACCGAGCAGGAGAUCCGCGAGAUGCACGAUGAGCAGGCAAAUCCACAGAACGCCGUGGGUACCCUCGAUGUAGGACUAAUUGAUUCUGUCUGUGCUGCUGACAAUCCAGAUAGACCCAAUUCAUUUGUGAUCAUCACUGCUAACCGGGUUCUUCACUGUAAUGCUGACACUCCUGAAGAGAUGCAUCACUGGAUAACCCUACUGCAGAGGUCGAAGGGGGACACCAGAGUGGAGGGACAAGAAUUCAUUGUGAGAGGAUGGCUCCACAAAGAAGUGAAAAACAACCCAAAGAUGUCUUCAUUAAAGCUAAAGAAGCGCUGGUUUGUUCUGACACACAAUUCUCUGGACUACUACAAGAGCUCGGAGAAGAACGCUUUGAAACUGGGGACACUGGUCCUGAACAGCCUCUGCUCUGUCGUCCCACCCGACGAAAAAAUCUUCAAAGAGACAGGCUACUGGAAUGUAACUGUGUACGGACGCAAACACUGCUACCGUCUCUACACAAAGCUGCUUAAUGAGGCCACGCGUUGGUCGAGCGCCAUCCAGAACGUGAUUGACACAAAAGCACCAAUCGAUACACCAACCCAGCAGCUUAUCCAGGAUAUUAAGGAAAACUGCCUAAAUGCUGAAGUGGUUGAACAGAUUUACAAGAGAAACCCUAUUCUCCGUUACACUCAUCAUCCAUUGCACUCGCCAUUGCUGCCAUUGCCAUAUGGGGACAUCAAUCUAAAUUUGCUGAAAGACAAGGGCUACACAACUCUGCAGGAUGAAGCCAUCAAGAUAUUCAAUUCGUUACAGCAGCUGGAGUCUAUGUCUGAUCCCAUCCCUAUAAUUCAAGGCAUCCUCCAAACAGGGCAUGAUUUGCGACCUCUUCGAGAUGAGCUCUACUGCCAGCUCAUCAAGCAGACCAACAAAGUACCCAACCCUGGGAGCGUGGGGAACCUCUAUAGUUGGCAGAUACUCACCUGCAUGAGCUGCACCUUCCUGCCCAGCCGCAGCAUCCUCAGAUACCUCAAGUUCCAUCUCAAAAGGGUUCGUGACCAGUUUCCAGGAACUGAAAUGGAGAAAUACGCACUUUUUACUCACGAGUCCCUCAAAAAAACCAAAUGCAGAGAGUUUGUGCCAUCCCGCGAUGAAAUAGAAGCUCUGAUCAGCAGGCAGGAGAUGACGUCCACAGUUUAUUGUCAUGGUGGUGGCUCCUGUAAGAUCACCAUCAACUCGCACACUACGGCCGGAGAGGUGGUUGAAAAGUUAAUUCGUGGCUUGGCCAUGGAGGAUAGCAGAAAUAUGUUUGCUUUGUUUGAAUACAAUGGAACUACUAAUAAAGCAAUUGAAAGCAGAACCAUUGUGGCUGACGUCUUGGCAAAGUUUGAAAAGCUUGCUGCUUCUGCUGAAGCUGGGGAGAUGCACUGGAAGUUUUAUUUCAAGCUCUACUGCUUCCUGGACACGGAAAAUGUCCCAAAAGACAGCGUGGAAUUUGCCUUUAUGUUUGAGCAGGCUCAUGAGGCAGUGAUCAGAGGGCACUAUCCUGCUCCAGAAGAAACGCUGCAGGUCCUUGCAGCUUUGCGUCUUCAGUAUCUUCAGGGAGACUACACCCUGCAUACCACCAUACCAGAAAUGGAGGAAGUCUACCCCUUGCAAAAGCUGAAGUCUCGGAUUACUCAGUCCACCAAAACCUUCACUGCCGCAGAGAAGGCCGAGAAGAAACGUGCCAGCUUCCUCGAAGGGACGCUGCGGCGGAGCUUCCGCAGUGGCUCCAUCAGCAAGCAGAAGGUCGAGGAGGAUCAGAUGUUAGACAUGUGGGUCAAAGAGGAAGUCUCAGCUUCCAGGACUAGUAUCAUUGACAAGUGGAAAAAGCUGCAGAGGAUGAACCAGGAGCAGGCUAUGGCCAAGUAUAUGGCUUUGAUUAAGGAAUGGCCUGGCUAUGGGUCAACAUUGUUUGACGUAGAGUGCAAAGAAGGGGGCUUUCCCCAAGAGCUGUGGCUUGGAGUCAGCGCUGACGCCGUCUCCGUCUAUAAGCGAGGGGAAGGAAGACCUCUUGAAGUGUUUCAGUACGAGCACAUCUUGUCCUUUGGGGCACCGCUUGCCAACACCUACAAGAUUGUCGUGGAUGAGAGAGAACUGCUUUUUGAGACGAGUGAGGUGGUCGACAUUGCCAAGCUGAUGAAAGCCUACAUCAGCAUGAUCGUGAAAAAGCGCUACAGCACCUCCCGCUCCGUGAGCAGCCACGGCAGUCAGGGCAGCUGCAGGUGAAGGCAGGGCCAGCCCCACCGCGCUCGCCACAGGACUUUGCGCUGCUUGGCCUCCAGCUCUCCUGAGGAAACCCGUCCCCUUCGUUAACAACUGAACCGAGAACCUGACUUGCUACAGAAAAUACCUUCAAACCUUGUUUUUGGAAGAGCACAGGCUGAGGGGUGGGAAGGAAAUCGGCUGGAAUAGUCACAUACUAGAACUGUUGACUUGCUCAAAAAUUCCAAAGCGUUGUUAUCUUCAGUUUAUGCAACAGAUGCCUUAAGACUUGACCCACUGCAAUACAAGCAGUAAAAAGUGCCUUACAACACUAAAACCAACCUGCAUUAACCUAAAGUUGCUGAUAAAAAUCAAGAUGUUUUUCCGAUCACAACACUGCGAGCAAAGUUCAUCCAUUCUGCACUAACCUACCGGCCUGCAUACUCUGGGAAUGGGGGAGGGAACAAGAGGGAGGUUUAUUUUUGGGGAGCUGCUGGCAGCCUUCCUUACAGAUGCCAACAUUUUAUUUCCCCUUGCUUCCACGGACACGCACGCUGCUCGUGCGUAUUUGAGCUGACAGGAAAAUCUGAGUAAUUUUAUUCUGUAUUUCACAAGUCUUUUGAAGCAAAGGGAAUAAGUAUGUGCAAUGGUGUAAACAGUCUUUCUGUACAUUUUAAUAGUUCAGAGGUAUAGUUGUUACAAUUGUAUGGUUACUUUAUAGGCAAUUUUAUUAACAAGUAAAUUCCGACGUUUUCAUACACUGAUUUACUAUUGCAAAUAUGUAUUACCCUAUAUGUAGCAGAAGUCUGCAUUCUGUACCUGCUGUAUUAUUAAAAAAAAAAAAAAGAUGUAGCUGAGAAUAUUUAUAGACUGCCCUACUAUGGAAAUACAGAUAACAAUAUCCCAUGUCAGCUUAAGUUUUUAAUAUUAAACUUUUCUUUUAAAAAGACACUAUUCUUGUAGACUUCUAGCUGGACUUGCCAACCCGAACUACCUGGAAAGGUCAGAGCCCUUCACAGCUUGCUAGUGGAUACUCAGUUAUCAGGCAGACUGCUUUAUUGCAGAGUUCUCCUUUACCUGGUUGCCUAAUGAAGGUUCCUGACACCUGUAAAUAACUUCGGGGAUAUCAGCUAGUCAAAGGCUGAUUUGAGACUUUGGUU